AUGGUAACUAAAACGAAGAAAGAUUUUAGUGUUGCGUUUCUCUUACGUGAUAAAAAUGACUGUGAUUUGAAUACAUAUCCAAGCAAGUCAUCGAUUCCAAUGAUCAAAAAUUCAACAGUGUCUCCGUCAGAUUAUUGGUUAUCUAAUCAAUUCGACACGAAAAUCUGUCCAUUGCGUAAACACAAAAAUGAUAGGAAACCACGCACACCGUUCACAACAUCACAACUGAUUGCGUUAGAAAAGAAAUUUCAUGAAAGACAUUAUUUGUCCAUAUCGGAACGAGCAGAAUUUUCAAUGUCACUAAAUUUAACUGAAACCCAAGUGAAAAUAUGGUUUCAAAAUCGUCGAGCGAAAGAAAAGCGUCUAUCAGAAGCUGAACUCGAAAAAUAUCGUUUCAUUCAAAUCAAAGAUCAAUUAGUCAAGCAAUUCGACAUGACAUCAGCAUAUUUUCCUUUUGCAUAA